AUGACUCUGGUGGCUUAUUUAAUCAGUCUCUACAAGGCAAAUACUAUUGUUGAUACUCAGCUUGAAAGAAUCAGUUCUAAGAUGGUUGAUGGAUUCAAUGAUGAUAAGAGAGUUCGUGUGGCUGCCGUGUCUUCAUUGGGGAAGGUUGCCGUCCAUGUCGAAGAUGUUUUGAACCAAAGCAAAACAAAUUCCAGUGAUGUUGUUGUGAACCAGAUCAAAACAAAUGACAGUGAUGUUGUGGUUAAAAGUGUUGGCUUCAAAGACCAAGGAUUGGGAUGUGACUUUAGUCACAAAGAAUCAAGUUGAGAAGAAAAGAGAUUAGUUGGCCAAGCUAUCAAGGAAGAGUGAAGUGUUGAAUAAAGGCCUAGCUAAGAAGAGCUAGUAAAAGUUGUUAAGAGUGGUUAGUAAAGUAAGG